UGCCUGCCGUGCCUGCGUAACGUAAGUCACUAAAGACAUAAAGACAAAAAAAAGGAAUUUGACAUUUAACCUGUCACCUAGCACCUAGGUGAUCUGUGAGAUUAACCUAUUAAAAUAUUUUUACUUGAGUUUUUUUCUUAGUUUUUACGAAUAUCUUUUUGGAAUGGUUUUAUAUUUAUAAAUACCAAAUGGCAUCUUCUGCCGGAGUGUAUAAACGAAUUUUAUCGUUAUUGGAAAAAUGGCCAGUAGAUAAAAAUAAACUUGGUGGAAGAGAUAUUGGAGAACAUUUGAGACAUUACAUAAACACAUCAUAUAAAGAAAAUAAGUUUGAAACAAACCAUUCCUACUGGGACAAACAGUAUUUAGCCAUUCAAAGAUUAGUAAAUAAUACCCACAAAAAUAAAUACAAAAGAACCCUGAAUACUUCCGCAACAGGGCUAACAGCCGAACAGUGCAACAUUGCUUUAUCGAACGAAUAUCUAGACGAAGUUAAUCAGAAAGAGCAAUCAUUUUUCCGUAAAUUGAUAUCUAUUAAACCAGACCCUUAAUAAGUAGUAAAUAUUUUAACCCAAAUAUGUUAGCUAGAUAUUCAAAGAUAUUUAGAAA